AUGAGCAGCCAACAUUUAGGACAGCCCAAACAAAUACAUGAAAGAAACAGAUCAACUUCAUUCUCUAAACUUUUAAGCAGUAAACCGUGGCGGAAGAUUUCAAAUACAAAUAAUACUGCCGAUUACAGUACGAACCAUACUCCUAAUACAAGUAAUGAUAACACUACAACGUCUUCAUCAAAUAAUAGCAGCCAUUUGAAUCUAUAUCCUUCAAGAAUACAACAACAGCAAGAUGAAGAUGAAACAGCCGUAAGGUCAAGAUCACCAAGUUACGGUAAUGUAUCCAGAUUGUCUAAAUUUAAAAGUAUUUUCUAUAAUACUACUACUGCAACCACUAUUACUACUACGACGACGACUACCGUAUCAUCGGCAAAUUCUAAUAAGACAAGAUAUAUGUCACCCAUGACCCCUGUAAAUUUUGAAGGUAACCAUAUAUCAAACAAUAGACAAGAAAUGGAACAAGAAGAGUCUUUUGAAGAGCAGUUAUUUCCUGAAUCACCAAAAUUGGCACAUUUGGCAAAUCAUUUCUUAGAUCAAUCAGAACUGGCUAAUGGUCCACUACCCAAAAAUGAUAAAUUUAUUUCUGCACAUACCUCUACAAGGAAUAGUCACGAAAACAACUUAAAGCAAAAUCGUAGGAGGUCACCUUCAACUCCAAUAAUGCCUAGUCAUUUGAUCUCCUCUUCUCCUUCCUCAUCACAUAAUUCAAGAACGAAUGAACCAAUGGUCCAUGAAAAUCUUCGUCUUACCAAACCAAAUGCAAAUACGAUACGGAUUAUAAACAAUUUGAGUAAUAUUUCUUUAAACAAUAUAAAAGAAAACGAAGAAAUGGGAAACCUGACUGAUCCUUCAAGAAAUCAUGGUUUUCAUAAAGAUACCGAUAAUGAUUCGUUUAUUUCUGCUUCAGAACGUCUUGAAAUUCCAGCUUCACCCUUUAGGAAUGGAUCAAUGACAAAAUCUACAAAUAAUGCUAACGACGAUAUUAAUGAAUCAACAGAUCCGCAACCAUUCCCGUCAAUCAUUCUCAAAACUGAGGAUAAUGAUGAAGUUGAAGAUGAACAAGGAGAUACUACGACACCAACACCAUUACCUCCCCCUUUUUCCUGUUCUCCAAGACCUCAAGGGAUAAAGGGCAAGAAACGACAAUCAACAAUCAGAAGAACGACGUCUGAAAUGGAUACAAUUCCAACAUUUCCGCAAUCGGCAAGCGCAUCAUCAUCAUCAUCGCAACAAAACAGCUUCACAGCAAACAUUAAGACAAAAACGAAUAGAAGUACAAGUAAUUUAUUUGUCCCACCUCCAAGGAUAAACCACCCUGAAGUGGAACAUGAAGAAGGAAACAUCGAUACUGGACCUAAGAGGUCACACCGGUUAAGAACCAAAUCCUUCAGUAAUAAAUUCAAAGAUAUAACAGUAAGUCCUCAAUCUUUCGAGAAGAUAAAAUUAUUAGGAAGAGGUGAUGUCGGCAAAGUUUACCUAGUGAAGGAAAAGAAUACCAACAGAUUAUACGCGUUAAAGAUUUUCUCCAAAGCUGAAAUGAUUAAAAGAAAGAAAAUAAAAAGAGUUCUUGCGGAACAAGAAAUUUUAGCCACCAGUAAUCAUCCUUUCAUUGUAACAUUAUAUCAUUCUUUCCAAACUGAAGAUUAUGUUUAUUUUUGUAUGGAAUAUUGUAUGGGAGGUGAAUUCUUUAGAGCCUUACAAACUAGGAAGACUAAAUGUAUUUGUGAAGAAGAUGCAAAAUUUUAUGCAAGUGAAGUCACUGCCGCGUUGGAGUAUCUGCAUCUCUUGGGGUUCAUUUAUAGAGAUUUAAAACCUGAGAAUAUCUUAUUGCAUAAAUCGGGUCAUAUUAUGCUUUCUGAUUUUGAUUUAUCUGUUCAAGCUAAGGAUGCCAAAAUACCGGUCAUGAAGGGAAUGGAUGAGUCUACAAUUAUAGACACAAAGAUCGUUUCCGAUGGAUUUAGAACUAAUUCAUUUGUUGGUACAGAAGAAUAUAUUGCACCAGAAGUUAUUAGAGGUAAUGGACAUACUGCCGCAGUAGAUUGGUGGACAUUGGGUAUAUUAAUCUAUGAGAUGUUAUUUGGUAUGACGCCAUUUAAGGGAUCUAACUCUAAUGAAACGUUUUCAAAUAUUUUGAAAAAUGAUGUUAGUUUCCCCAAUAAUAAUGAUAUUUCAAGGAAUUGUAAAGAUUUAAUUAAGAAAUUACUUUGUAAAAAUGAAAACAAAAGGUUGGGUUCCAAGUUAGGGGCUGCAGAUAUUAAGAGACAUCCAUUUUUCAGGAAAGUUCAAUGGUCAUUUUUAAGGAAUCAGGAACCUCCAUUGAUACCAAUGUUAUCAGCGAAUGGUUGUGAUUUUACAAAAUUAUCCUCUAAUAAAAAGAAUAAGAAUAAGGUCAAAGAUAACAAAAAAAAUGAGACUAAUUCGAAGGGACUUGAUAUCGAUCCACUAGAAGAGCAAGAGCGAUCGAUGUUUUUAGAGAAAGUCGAAUGUGACGACGAAGUCUCAGAAGAAGAUCCCUUCCAUGAUUUCAAUUCAAUGAGCCUGAUGAAACAAGAUAACAAUUCAUUGAUUUAUGUGGAUAGCGAUUCAUAUGGUAAAGUAUCGUAUACUCCUAAUAAGACGAGGUCAAGAAGUAAUAGUCAUCGUACAUUCUUCAAGAGAUAA